CAAAUUGUUGUGAACAGCUGAAAGUGUUACAUCCCGUAGAAGAGAAAAAAAUCUAGAAAUUGGAAAAUUUUAUCCAGAAAAUAUAUUGUUCUGUGAAAAUUAAAUUAAUUAACACUUUCCCAAGCUUGUCGACAUUGUCAAAAUUAAAACUAAACUAAUAAAACUGGAUAAAAGGAAGAUGAGUGGCACACGUUUUGCCCGGACAGGGCGUUGCAGAUUUCUGGUGUGUUUAGGUAUUCUAGUUCUAAUGGUAGGUAUGGUGGCUAUUUUUCACAGCUCUCAAGUGCAACUGGACGAGACACGAGAGCAACGUUUACACUGUGAGCAGCAACAGGAGGCUUUAAACGAACGUUUGACCACUUUGGUGGAACAAAAGUACCAUUUGGAAAGGAAUCUAGAACGUGAACGCAAUGAGCUAUUGGAAACUAAGCGCAAUUUGGAACAAAAAAUCAAGGAGUUGGAGGAAAAAUAUCAAAAAGAAGAGGUCGAACAACAAAUGAGUUAUGAUAAAUUGAAACAAACCCACACUCUAUUGCAAAGUGACCACAAACAUUUAAAGGAGGAAACCCAAAAGGCCAAUAAAGAACAAUUGGAUAAUAUUAAUAGCUUGGAGAAGAAACUGCAGUCUAUUAGAUCUGAAUUGCAAAAAGAAAAGUCCAAUAAGUCGGGUGAACUUAUUGAAUUGAGGGAAAAAUACAAUAUUGUUGAAGUGGAAAACAAACGUUUGCACACUCGCAUCAAUGAAUUGGAAGACAUCGUUAAGGAUUAUCAGUCGCAUUGUGAGUACAAGGCAAGGGACAAUUCUCGCAAACCAGUAGCCCCAAAACCGGAUAUAACAUUGGGCAACAACAAUCCUAGUACUAGUGAAAAAUCCUUUAAACAUCAAGAUUCUGUGAGUGAAGGCGUUUACCAUAUAUCGUUAAACAUUACUAAUAAUAAUAAAGAGACUAAAACGCUUAAUGGCCGUGGGGUGACCAGUAGUAUUGAGCCAUCAAAUGCUCAUGUAGGUGUUAAGGAUAAGCUUAUACUGCUACAAGAAACUACUAAAACAUCAUUACCAUUGCAAAAUCCAUUAGAUACUAACAAUGAUAUUAGACCAUUAACAGCUAAACAUUUUAAUGGUAGUCUUAUAUUAAAUUCCGUUGAAAAUUUUCAGAUUGUACCCAAACCCAUUAAACGUAUAGCCGAUGAUGAACAGCAGCAGCAGGAAAAACCCAAUCGUCAGUUGAGUCAGGAAAAUGAUAAAAAUCAAGUAGCACCCUUGAGUGCGCCCAAAAACAAGGGCCAAUUGGCUUCAACAGCCACAUCAAAGUCCGAACAACAAGUGCAGGCAGCUUCACAGGUAAAUGCCACCUCAGCAAAUGUGAGAACGGCUCGAGGCAGUAGCACCAGUAGCAGCAAUUCGCCGCCCUUGGCUUUGCCACCCAAUCAACGUAAACUGCCCGAAAAUGUUGCACCCAUACCGGACAACUUUGAAGAUUUAUUACAAAAAUCCAAUAACGAGGCGCUUAAAAGCAAUGAUGAUCCCUCACAGUUGGAUGAAAAUGGAAAUCAUGAUUUUAAUGAGAAUAAAAAUGGUGGCGGAGCUUUAAAAUCAGCCAACAAUAACAACAAUUACGAUUCAGGUGGUCAUGAAAUGAAGGAUGCUUUGGGAGAAGGCGAUUCAAAUAAUCUGCAACAUGAUGAUGACAUUAACAAUUUCUUCGAUACCGAUCAAGAGCCCAAGGAGCACAAUAAAAACAAUAACAACAAGGAUCUAAACGAUGAUAAAGACGACGAUGGUGGUAAUGAUGACGAUGAUGGAGGUUUAGGCUUAGGAGCCGAUAACGAUGGUGGCGCUGCUGCGGGCGAUAUCGCUAUCAAACACAAUCAACAGCAGCAAUUGCUAGAUGAUAGUCUUAAAAAUGAGGUGGCCGAUGAUCAAGGCAAAGAAUUUGGUGAUGGUUUACGUUUAGAUGAAGGUGCUAUGGAAGAGGAUGAUGAUGAUGAUUAUUCAAAUCCGUCUCGUAAACAAGCUGGUGGUCAAGCCAUACGCAAUUAAAAUUUUAAUGGUUUAACUAUAUUUGUAAAACAUAACUAACUACAUUAAGUAAACUCUAGUAUUGGGGUUUUGUGUGUGUAAUUCAAGAUAGAUUUGGACAGGCUUAAUUAACAUUUAGCUAUGAAUGUUUUUUUUAUGAUGGAACGAACAAAUGUUCCAUCUGAUUUUGUAGAGUUAUUGGUAUUACUUUUCUUGUUUUGAGAAAUCUGUAUUAUGUGUUCAAUAUGAAUCCAAAUUUAUCUUUACACGUGCCUAACUGGUUGGAGUUUUAAGUAUUUUUUCUAUUAGUUUUAAGAUUUUUUUACUUAUAUAUAUUUUUUUAAUUUCAUUUUCUAAGUAUGCAUUCAUGUAAUUGUUCUAAUCCUUUAGUUUUAAACAUCAAUUAAAAUGAUCGCUUUCAUGUUGCAUUAAUUUCAUUUAUUUUACAUCCUUUUUAGUUGAUUACUGUGAUAAAUGUGAAUUUUUGGAAAAAAUACUUUUUGUGUAAAAAAAAUAACAGUAUAAUUAUUAAUACAAGUGCAUUAGAGCGUCUUUUGACAAAAAAUAAAUACGAAGGUAACGGAAGCUACUCCCUAAUACGAUUCGAAAGAAAACGUUCAUUUUUAUUUUUUAAAAUACAAUUUUAAAAAGGUACUAUUUCAUAAAGUACUUUUUUAAAAUGUACAUUUUCGAUCUCUGUAAAUGUACAUUACCUUCUGUGGAAAGCUCUCUCGAAUAAAACAUUAAACAUAUAAAUAAUUAAGACGUUCUAACGCACAUGUUGAAAUAUUUUUUUUAAAAAAAAAAUCAUACGAAUUUUCACCACCAUUUAACAGGAACUUAAUGAAUUUUUCUCAUAAGAGUCUCGCAAAAAAUUACGAACAAAAUUAUUUAAUAUUAAAGUAUUUAAAAAAUCAUAAAAAAAACACGUACAUACUAAAAAUUUAUAAUCAUUUGUAUUAAAAUUUUUGUUUAUUUUUUUAAAAAUUACAAUGAAAUUAAAUAAAAAUUCUAUAAAUGAAAAGAAGUAAUAAAAAAGAA